GAGACGCAGCACAACAAUUUUAUUCAUUUUAUGGAUGGUAACCAUAUCAAGUGGUUGGGCACAACGUUCUCCAUUUUCCUUGCAGGCUGCCGUAGAUGAAUUACAUCGCCAAGAAUAUCCUUUGAAUUAUCCACCCGGCCAACAAUCAAGAUAUGUGGCAGGAGCAUUCGGUUCAUCGCCAGAUCAGGACUAUUGGGAUGAAGACGCCGCUUACACUUUCAACACAAAGAAACAGCGAAAUCGCAUAAAUAAACAGCUAGCAAAAUAUUUGGAACGUGAAAAUUUUGAAGCCGAUCGUGGUGGCUUAACACUCGGACCCUUUGGUGGCUAUGAAUUUGAUGCAGAUAGCAAUAGGCUUUCAUUGCCUCCGUACACAGAUGAACGUAAACGUUCAUCGGUGUUUAGGGAGCGCAGUAAUUUCUAUGAUGAAAGUCCAGCUUCGAUUUUCCGCGAGCGUGAGGUCCCCGAUAACAUUGAUCGUUCUGAAUUGACUGACCAAUUUUUAAGAGAAAUUGAACGUUCUCAGGAACAUGGUCAUCAAGACCGCUACAAGGAGGCCUUGCGCAACCUUUGGGAAAAAUAUCAACAGCAGGAAAAUGAAAUCGAUGGCGAUGUCUUUGAGGAACAAAAGAAACGAAUGCGUAUGCCACCCUAUUACAUGCUAAUGCAAAAGAAACGUUCGUAUCCGGUAUUGCCGUGGUUACCGGUCGAGCGUAGGAAACGUUUUCCAGUCUCCAAACGUUCUACCAAUCACAUCGGUAACGAGGGUCCCAUGAAUAACUUGGGCAAAACCGAUGAAAAUGUGGAGAGAGAAUUAAGUGAACUAUUCGGUACCGCCAAUGAUGAGAAAAAGAAACGUUCCAUAGAUGAUAAACAGCCCCAAGCAUCGGAAACUACACAUGCAAGUGAUAAUGCCGCAUCCACCAAUACAGCUGAUAUGCGUUUAGAAGCGAAUACAAAUUCAACGAAAGCCGAAGAAACUAAACCUGUUGCCACCACAAUGGAGCCAAAUCACCACCAACAUGCGGGUCAUACAAUGGCCGAACAUAAGCAUGGUAAACGCAGCAAUCAUCCUGCCUCACACGAAAGUCACGAAGAUGAGGGCGGUGAAGAAGAGGAGGAAGAUUCGGAAGAAGAACAUGAAAGUGAGGAAGAAGAUGAAGAGCACGAACACGAUCACGACCAUGAGGAGGACGACGAAGAGGCUAAGAAACGUAAAAAGAAGCGUGAUGCUUCCGCAACAUCUUCUUUUCCCUCUUCGGCCAAACGCAAGCGAAAUGCUGCUGCUCCACUGAGACGUACUCUGGAAUCUAUGACAAUGCGCAGCAAAAAAUCUAUUGAUUGGUCAAAAUAUUUCGGCUUGGAUCGUAAGAAAAAAGCCAUGAGUAUUGGUGAUUCCAAUAAAACCGAUGCUGAUAUGAAGAAACGUGAUGCCGGAGAAGAUACCUUGCCACCAUCGGCCGGCGAUGAUGCUGACAAAAAGAAGCGUAACAUUGACCCCACCAAAUUGGAAAAUAUGAACAAGAAAUUGCAAGCUAUAGAGGAUUUUAUUAUCAACGAAACAAUUAAAUACACUGGAGCGCACGAAGGCAUUGGUGAUCCCGAUGAAAUUCAACGUCUUAAGGAUCGUGUUCUUUCGCGACUUGCUACCGCCUACAGUUUAGAGAAAAUGCGCCGAGCUCUAGAAAAAUUAAGACAAUCAGUAGAAAAUGAGAAUCAUCUUACACAUAACAUCAUUGAACCCGACUCCUCGGAAUCUUCGGAAAAUACUUCAUUGGAGGCAACUAAACGUGAGAAAUCCCUAAGCAAACCACCACAACCGAUGAUCAACGAAGACAAAGAUGAUGAAAUUAAACGCAAAAUGAAGAAGAGCAAUGGUUUUAUGCGUUAUCCAGAUGUUCCCAAUGAAUUUGGAGACUUUGAGGAAGCCAUACAAGGACCAAAUCGAUAUGAGACCUUAAACGAUGCUUAUUUGGGCAAUAAAAACUAUAUUUUGGGUACCAACCAAUGUCCCAUUCUUGAGUCAAUGGCCCAACGAUGCCGUGGAGUGGACCUGUUGAGCGGUGAUAUAAAUCAAGAAUUGUUGCCCCUGUGUGGAGUUCAUCAAUUGUGUUAUUUAUGCGGCACUUCCCAAAUAGCCUGUGACUAUCAGUACCUGGCCGAAGCCGAUGCAGUUUGUGGUCCCAACAAUAAUGACUGUCAGGCAACUGCCCGUUCCGUUCUAAUGAUUUUGAGAGGCACUCCUGGACCCCAAUUGGGACCGCGUGAAUGUGUUAAGAAUUCCUGUUUAUACAGCGCCAUGCGCGAGAUAGGCCUAUAAAUGGCUGCUGGUUAAACGAGUCCGUUAUGGUUGUUGCGUUUUUCGUUCAAGCUUUUUUGUCCACUGCAAAAGAAAAAGAGUGUUUUCAUUAAAUCUCAGUGUAUUUAGUUUCUAAGUCAGGAUCAAAUGUAAUACAACAUCCAUGAAUCUAUGGAAGUAUAAACGAAACCGAUGAAAAUCAAAAUUAGUGUUACACCCAACUCAGAAGACAAAGGAAAUAUUA